GGCUGUGAUAAAUGCACCAUGGAUGGUUACAAGACUUACUAAAGCUGGGCUCCGUUCGCACACUCCUCAUCGGCCUACCUAGCAGCGAGCUAGUCAUAGUCAUCGCCAUGUCGCCAAACCGAACGCUCUGCCUCGUCGCUACUCUAGGACAGUUGGGCCUGGUCACCGCCAGCAACUAUGCAGCAGGUCCAACACCAACGACAUGUGCAAUGACUGAAGUCGCGGAACCUCCACCACAGCCCACGCGACCACCCGCUAUACACGGGUUUCUGCAGAAGCGACAAGACGCUUCAGCAAGCGGAGCCAACUCCCUCUGCGGAUAUGUUGGAGGCGAAGUGGCCAAUCCAUUCUAUUGCCAGGCGGGAUAUGACUGUGUGACGAAUGGCGAAAGCCAAAAAUGGGCUUGCUGCAAUGCGGCCGAGUGCAGAUACUUCCAGUCUUGCGUCGAGGAAUCUUGCGACGAGGCCUGCCAGUCAGACCCAUCAGUAGCGAAGUGCACUGCAUCCGGACGUUCAUAUUGCGCUCAACUCACUCUCUUCGUGCAGGGUGACGGCCCAUACACCAAUUGGGCGUGUGCCGCACAGAGGGCAUCUGCGCUGAGCAUGUACUCUCCGGCUGUCACAACAACUGCAAGCAAUCGGACUAGCAGUGCUAGCGACACGGCUUCUGGGAUCGAACUUCUUCCUACGCUGGACGAUACCCUUUCUUUCGUGCUUGUGACGCCAACCGACGACAUUCUGACAGGAUACACUGUUGAGUCCACGGGCAUCACGUCAACGCUAUCAUUGACGCGUGCGACUCCUGCUUCGAGCACUUCGCACCCUCAGGCUCCCGCGAUAUCGUCCACGUCGAGUAGCGGAGAGUCUGGAGGCUCCCAACUCCCACGGGGAUCGCCCAUGUUGACAGGGCUCACGGCGCUGCUAGCAGCACUCCUCUGACGUUUUGUAGCUCCAUGCAUGAGCCUGACUGUGGUCGUGUGCGAAGGCAACACGUUGUGUCCGGACAAUCGAGCGUGUGCAGAGGCUUCAUUGCCCGGCGCGCCAACCUCGUCCAUAUCCGUACGAGGCCGGUCGACUCUUGUGUACAUGGCACGUAGUCAUAGCUAUAUCUUCAUGUCUCC